CCUCCCCCCCAGUGACUGUGGCCUUUUGUUUUCUGGGUGACACUCGCAUCAGGCGGUGUGUUCGGGUGACUAAUCUCCUCCAGGCUGGGCAGCUGUCACAGGGCGGCCUGACCGGGCGGGCGGGGAAAGCUGACACCCUGGGGCAGUGCUGGCAAGCCAGGGCCCCUGGCCGCAGCAGGCCGCUGGGCCUCCAGGCUCCUUCUGCUGGGCGCGGUGCAGACCCUGCAUCAGGCGGACCUGAGUUCAGGUCCCGCUCCUGCCCGUGACCAGCCGUGCGACCUUGGAGCCUGGGCCUGAUCUCAAGCCGGUUUCCUCCUCUCUGUCACGGAGCCAUUGAUCCUGCCUGCCUCAGGGGUGGUAGUUAGGAGCGAGCGAGAUGAUGAGUGAAGGCGCUUGUCACGUAGUGGGUGAUGGGCAGAUAGACUACUGUUGUCAUUAUGGCACCUGAGUCCCAGCUCAAACCAGGCUUUGCCCUCAGGUCGAGGUGGGUUCCAGCCCCAGCUCCACACGGACUAGCUGUGCACGUUGGGCUAGUUAUCUCCUUAGUCUCUCAUCAGGAGCCAGGCAUGAUACAGUAUCUAUUCUUUAGGGUGCUGUGGUUUAUAAAACCACAUGCACAUGUUUGCCAAGGACUUAGUACCCUGCCUGACACGCGUGGGCACUCAGCAAAUGUCCGGCGGGACAGCACUGAUUUUAGGCGGAAAUCAGGAGCUCUUCUGCCAUCCUCCCUGUUACCUGCAGAGGCUGGCAGAUCGUAAGCGGCAGAGCUCUGGAGCCCGGCAGCCCCCAACACUGCUUCUGCAGGCAUGGCUGCUUCCAUGUCAGUACCCCUGCACGUGUCCAUAGCCCUGGCCCUGGCCCUGACACUGCCUGCCCUGGCCCCCAAGUGAAGUGAAGUUGCUCAGUCAUGUCCGACUCUGCGACCCCAUGGACUGUAACCUACCAGGCUCCUCUGUCCAUGGGAUGUUCCAGGCAAGAGUACUGAAGUGGGUUAGCAUUUCCUUCUCCAGGGGAUCUUCCCGACCCAGGGAUCAAACCCGGGUCUCCCACAUUGUAGGCAGAUGCUUUACUGUCUGAGCCGCCAGGGAAGCCAACCAGGGCAGUAGCAGAUGGAGGCGGGAACGGGAGGGGUAGGCGCUGGCCACGCAGCCCAGCCCGGAUUCCUCAAGCCCAUCCUCCACCCUCAGGCCCACAGCUGACACGAAUGUCUCUCCUGUCAGCCGCAGGCAGGGGUCCCAUGGCUGUGACUCAGACCUCCCUGUGGCUGCCAGAGCCCAGGAGAGUACCUGAUGGUGGGCACAGGUGUCCCUGGGCCCUCUGGAGGCAUGGCCCCCGUGAAGCACACCAGGCUCCGUGCCCUUUCCCCAUGUUAGGAGGGGUAAGAGUGCACGUGCUCCCCUCGGCCUGUGCAGAAGGGGCGACGGGGCAGACGAGCUGGCGAAGGAAUCAGCCCGUGCUCAGACCAGGUCAAGGGAGGAUGGCUCGAGCAAGCAUGGUCCCCAGGACUCCUGCAGGACGGCGCUCCGGGUAGCUUAGUGUUGGGAUUCUGAGCGUUGGGGCUUUGGGUCUUGGCCCCUAGGUCAAGGUGCAGUUCACGGGCUCCCUCAGCAGCCAGACUGGAAGGGUUUUCAGACAUCGUCCAGCACUGUCACACAUGGGCUGUCCAUCCUGGGCCUCUUCAGAAAGGUGGGGCCCGGGAAGUGCUCCCGUCAGCCCCUUGGAGCAGGAGCGCACCCACACAGCCCAGAGGCGCGCUCGUGGCUCUCAUGGCUCCCCGCACAAAGGCCCUCCGGUGGCUUCUCUCCCCGCCCUGUGCAGCUGCCCCUCCGGUUCUCAGGCAGGGGCGUGGGGUGAGUUCCCAGGGGCCUUCCACCCCGAGGCAGAUGUCAGAUGCUCUCCCUUUCUGGGGCCACGCUCAGCCUGGCCCCGAGUCUGGGGAUCGUAGCAGGGCUGAAUUUCCUUUCAGAGAGCCUCAUUUUCUUACCAUGCCUUGCUUUGUGGCGUGUCCCAGGAAGGGACACCUAAGCCUAACCUGCCCAAGGAGAGGAGAAGCCUUGCCCUCAGCCCCUCAGUGUCACAUCUUUCUGCCUUUUCAUGCUGUUCACGGGGUUCCCAAGGCAAGAAUACUAAAGCGGUUUGCCAUUCCCCUUUCCCCAGUGAACCAUGUUUUGUCAGAACUCUCCACCAUGACUUGGGUGGCCCUACACGGCAUGGCUCAUAGUUUCAUUGAGCUGGACAAGGUUGUGAUCCAUGUGAUCAGUUUGAUUAGUUUUCUGUGAUUGACUGUGGAAAUCAAUACUGAAUAUUCAUUGGAAGGACGGAUGCUGAAGCUGAAGCUGCAAUACUUUGACCACAAGAUGCAAAGAGCUGACGCAUUAGAAAAUACCCUGAUGCUAGGAAAGAUAGAAGGCAGGAUGAAAUGGUGGGAUGGCAUCACGGACUCAACAGACAUGAGUUUGAGCAAGCCCCAGGAGAUGGUGAAGGACAGGGAAGCCUAGUGUGCUGCAGUCCAUGGGGUUGCAAAGAGUCAGACAAGACUGAGCAGCUAAACAACAGCCCCUCAGUCUGUUGUCUCCAGGCUCCCGGCUUCCUUUCUCUUUUCCUUUCCAUCAGCUUCAGGCAAGGGACUUGAAGUCCUUUAGGCCAGAGCUUUGGGGAUCUUGGUGCCUGGACAGGGGAACCCAGAAGGGUAGCUGGCAACCCCUCCUCCCCAGCGCUCCUGCGGCUGCAAUGGGGCGGAAUUGGGGAGCACCAGUGUAUCCAACAGCGAUGAGUGUGGGCUCCCCGCUGGGUCUUCUGGUACCCUCAGACUCCCCGUUUAAGGGGCUCAGAGGCCACAGAACACCCCCAUUUCCUCCCAAGUGUCCCUUCUCUGCCCCAGGGGCAGAGGCUGAGACUGGGCGCCUGGACCUGGGAUGGGCCCCGGCCUGGCCUGGCUCCUGAUGUUCCCGGUCUCUGUACCCAACAGCCACCCACCCGCCCCUGCCAUGGAGACCUUCAUUAAGAGACACUUCCAGCGGAAGGCGCAGGGCCCUGGAGAGGGGACGCGGCGGCCCAGCGGCGUGGGGCUGCUCACGGGCAAGGCCCGGCGCCGCUCGCCGGCGGGGCAGGCCUCCUCCUCGCUGGCACAGCGGCGGCGCUCCAGCGCACAGCUCCAGGGCUGCCUCCUGGUCUGCGGGGUGGGGGCCCCGGUCCCCGGCCGCCGCCGGCGCUCCAGCACCGCACCCCCAGCCUGCAACCCCCGCUUCGCUGUGGAGGAGGUGCCCAGCCCGCCGCAGCCGGCCGUGGUGGCGCCCCGGCUUCUGGUGGCACCCCUGCUGUUGGCCGGGCUCGUGGGCAUGGAGGAGGAGGAGGGCUUGCAGAAGGAGGAUGUAAGGGCUGCACCACUGAGCGCUGCCCAGCCGGGCCCCGGGACCCCAGGGCCGCCCCCGCCCCGCGGCGCGCUGCCCGUGCCGCGCUGGCGCCGGCGCCGGGGCUCCUCCCACCUGCUGCCCGCAGAUGUGGUGAAAGACCACGCACUCUGGGGCCUGCACGGUCACUACCGGCGCCUCAGCCAGCCACGGCCCGUGGGGCAGCACCCCAGCCCAGGGGGUCGAAGAGCCUCGGGCACCGCAGCCGGCCCCGGGAUGCCCACCCGCGUGCGCCCGCUGUCCCGCCGGCGCCAGGUAGCCCUGCGGCGCAAGUCAGCCGGACCCCAGACCUGGAGUGCCCUGCUUGCGAAAGCCAUCACCAAGUCGGGCCUCCAGCACCUGGCACCCCCCCCUCCUGCUCCCGGGGCCCCGUGUAGCGAGCCCGAGAGGCAGAUCCGGAGCACUGUGGACUGGAGUGAGUCUGCGACGUAUGGGGAGCACAUCUGGUUCGAGACCAACGUGUCCGGGGACUUCUGCUACGUCGGAGAGCAGUACUGCGUGGCCAAGAUGCUGCAGAAGUCAGUGUCCCGGAGAAAAUGCGCAGCCUGCAAGAUUGUGGUCCACACGCCCUGCAUCGAGCAGCUGGAGAAGAUAAAUUUCCGCUGUAAGCCAUCCUUCCGUGAAUCGGGCUCCAGGAACGUCCGUGAGCCAACCUUCGUGCGGCACCAUUGGGUACACCGGCGGCGCCAGGAUGGCAAGUGUCGGCACUGUGGGAAGGGCUUCCAGCAGAAGUUCACCUUCCACAGCAAGGAGAUCGUGGCCAUCAGCUGCUCCUGGUGCAAGCAAGCAUACCACAGCAAGGUGUCCUGCUUCAUGCUGCAGCAGAUCGAGGAGCCGUGCUCCCUGGGGGUCCACGCCGCUGUGGUCAUCCCCCCCACCUGGAUCCUCCGGGCCCGCAGGCCCCAGAACACCCUCAAAGCCAGCAAGAAGAAAAAGAGAGCAUCCUUCAAGAGGAAGUCUAGCAAGAAAGGGCCUGAGGAGGGCCGCUGGAGACCCUUCAUCAUCAGGCCUACCCCGUCCCCCCUCAUGAAGCCCCUGCUGGUGUUUGUGAACCCCAAGAGUGGGGGCAACCAGGGUGCCAAGAUCAUACAGUCCUUCCUCUGGUAUCUGAAUCCCCGGCAAGUCUUUGACCUGAGCCAGGGAGGGCCCAGGGAGGCGCUGGAGAUGUACCGCCGGGUGCACAACCUGCGGAUCCUGGCCUGCGGGGGCGAUGGCACAGUCGGCUGGAUCCUCUCCACCCUGGACCAGCUGCGCUUGAAGCCGCCACCGCCCGUCGCCAUCCUGCCCCUGGGCACUGGCAAUGACCUGGCCCGCACCCUCAACUGGGGCGGGGGCUACACCGACGAGCCUGUGUCCAAGAUCCUGUCCCACGUGGAGGAGGGCAAUGUGGUGCAGCUGGACCGCUGGGACCUCCGUGCAGAGCCCAACCCCGAGGCGGGGCCCGAGGAGCGAGACGAGGGGGCCACCGACCGGCUGCCUCUGGAUGUCUUCAACAACUACUUCAGCCUGGGCUUUGACGCCCAUGUCACCCUGGAGUUCCACGAGUCUCGAGAGGCCAACCCGGAGAAGUUCAACAGCCGCUUCCGGAAUAAGAUGUUCUACGCCGGGACAGCCUUCUCCGACUUCCUGAUGGGCAGCUCCAAGGACUUGGCCAAGCACAUCCGCGUGGUGUGUGAUGGGACUGACCUGACCCCCAAGAUUCAGGACCUGAAGCCCCAGUGUAUUGUUUUCCUGAACAUCCCCAGGUACUGUGCGGGCACCAUGCCCUGGGGCCACCCUGGGGAGCACCACGACUUCGAGCCGCAGCGGCACGACGAUGGCUACCUCGAGGUCAUCGGCUUUACCAUGACCUCCCUGGCCGCGCUGCAGGUGGGCGGGCACGGCGAGCGGCUGACGCAGUGCCGAGAGGUGCUGCUCACCACGUCCAAAGCCAUCCCGGUGCAGGUGGACGGCGAGCCCUGCAAGCUUGCAGCCUCCCGCAUCCGCAUCGCCCUGCGCAACCAGGCCACCAUGGUGCAGAAGGCCAAGCGUCGGAGCGCCGCCCCCCUGCACAGCGACCAGCAGCCGGUGCCGGAGCAGCUGCGAGUCCAGGUGAGCAGGGUCAGCAUGCACGACUAUGAGGCCCUGCACUAUGACAAGGAGCAGCUCAAAGAGGCUUCCGUGCCACUGGGCACCGUGGUGGUCCCCGGAGACAGUGACCUGGAGCUAUGCCGCGCCCACAUCGAGAGGCUCCGGCAGGAGCCCGAAGGUGCUGGAGCCAAGUCCCCGAUGUGCCAGAAACUGUCCCCCAAGUGGUGCUUCCUCGAUGCCACCACUGCCAGCCGCUUCUACAGAAUCGACAGGGCCCAGGAACACCUCAACUACGUGACCGAGAUUGCACAGGACGAGAUUUAUAUCCUGGACCCUGAGCUGCUGGGGGCAUCUGCCCGGCCUGACCUCCCCACCCCCACAUCCCCUCUCCCCACCUCGCCCUGCUCCCCCACAUCCCGGUCACUGCCAGGGGACGCUGCGCCCCCUACAGGUGAAGAGCUCAUCGAGGCUGCCAGGAGGAACGAUUUCUGUAAGCUCCAGGAGCUGCACCGAGCUGGGGGCGACCUCAUGCACCGUGACGAGCGGAGCCGCACGCUCCUGCACCAUGCGGUCAGCACCGGCAGCAAGGAGGUGGUCCGCUACCUGCUGGACCAUGCGCCAACUGAGAUCCUUGAUGCCGUGGAGGAAAACGGGGAGACCUGCCUGCACCAGGCAGCGGCCCUGGGCCAGCGCACCAUCUGCCACUACAUCGUGGAGGCCGGGGCCUCGCUCAUGAAGACCGACCAGCAGGGCGACACUCCCCGGCAGAGGGCUGAGAAAGCUCAGGACACGGAACUGGCCGCCUACCUGGAGAACCGGCAGCAUUACCAGAUGAUCCAGCGGGAGGACCAGGAGACGGCGGUGUGAGGGCCGGCCAGCCCCCUCCUGGCCACCACACUGCUGCAUUCCAGUCAGAUGGCCGCAGAGGGACCCGGGCCCCAGGGAAGGAGCCGCGUGCUGCUCCCUGAGGAGCUGCCCAGACCUAGGGCUGGACUCUAAGGAGCUGGGGGAGUCCCACCCCGUCCCCUGAGGCUGCAGCCUAACCCGGAGGGAGGCUCACAGGGGACCAGGAAACUGGACUGGGCUGGGCUGGGCAGGCCCGGGGCAGGGGGGAUGGGGGUGGCAUUGGGGGCCCUGGGGUUCAGGGGCCGCAGCCGCGAGGGCAGAGACCCCGUGAGGGAGCCCCCAGAAAGAGGCUUCUUAAGCCUCCCAGCCCUUUGGGACUGUCACUCUGAGGCUCCUGGGAGCUCAGCCCCCUCUCCUGCCCUGACCCCCCACCCACCCGGGGUCUUUUGCUGCAUCUGCCUGCCCGCCGCCCUGCUUAGCACCUCCCCUGUGACCCUCCUCCCAAACACAGUCAUUUCACCUCCGACUCUGUGGCCUGGGGGUUGGGAUGGGGCUCUCUCGUGGUGACAUGUUUACAGCUGGGUGUGACUCAGUAAAGUGUAUUUUUUUUUC